AUGAAGCCGUCGAUGCUCCUCCUAACCACAGCAACGGCGGCCGCCACGUCCGCUCCCCGCCGCUUCGCCCGCGUGCCGCUGCCCGAGCCGCUCGACUGGAUGCCAGAAACCUCGCUGCUGCUCGACCACGUCCUCGCGAGCCACCACGCAAACUACUCCGCGUACGCGGGCGGUGAAUCGUGGGCGCGGGAGAUGCUCGACCGGUGCACGCGGGAUGCCGCCUGCACGUCCACCUUUUCCAACUCCGGCUCUUUCGUUCCCAGAGUCAACGACACGUCCGGCCUGCAGAUCCACUCCUUGAUGUAUCGGUUCCAUCCCUCGGUCAAGUGGGAGCAGGGCUACCCCAACCGCAACCAGAUCCUCGGCCAGGUGCGCCAGCUCUGGAAGCGCUACGGGUUGCAGAACAAGACGCGCUUCAACUUCAAGGUCGACAGGGUCUACCAGGACGACGCCGGCCGCUAG